AUGCAUAUAUCAACCUCUAGUAACACACUCGAUAACAUCCACACACUCCCGGGAGACAGGAAUAGAAGCUAUGAUGUCAAGCAUGCGACGAUAAGUCACAUAAUGAGGCUUCUCCUAUCAUAUAUACUCUGGUCUAAGGAUAAACGAACGACGAAUAGGAACUCACAAGCUAGGUCGCCAGAUAUCGAGCCCUUUGAAAAUGCACUUUCACAUGGUACAGCAGCAAAUCUACCAUCCAUAGUCGUCAACUCUAUAAUCUACGGUUCACGGGAGAAUAUGAGGCCACCAGUAAGACCGCUUGCUUCAGAUAAGAAUGACGGUUCCGACCGAUAUCGGCUUAGUUUUCAAUUCGCCGGAUGCAACCGGCAAAAGGCACACACUAGUAGUUCUUCCAGGGUAUCAAUCAAGCGGAUUAAAUCGCCUGAAUUGCGUGUGCGCUCGGCCGGGAUCCGGUUAGGUAAAUCCGAUUUUCCCGCCUGCUGGAACAGUGGGUUGCAGAUGAUUAAGGGGCACGGAUAUCUCGCACUCGGUAGUUUGGGGUGGAAUCAGCAACAGAAACAUGCGCCCUGGGCACAUCUUUCGAGUGAGAAGUUCAGGCUGGUGGGAAUGAAACAUAUUCAUGUUUCCUGCAGAUGUUCCUCGGGCACUGUGAUAGCAAUUGGUGGAAGGUUGCCAGGCCAUAAAACCAAUCUCCUAUCAAUGAUGAUUACAUCCACACCGAUAGACGUGCUUCCGCUCCUCGGAAUAGGGGGACCUCGGUCAAAAACAUUUUGCUUAACCUAUCGGGCCACCCAAAGAUGUUACGUCCAAUUCAAUGCCCCGGGCCCUUAUGGCAUAGCCAAUGGUAUUAAGACAUUUGAUUUAUUUGAUGUCAAACGCUUUCGACAUAGCUAG